AUGGGCACUUGUGUGCGCACUUCGAGAACAGAAACCCCUCCUCAGACAAAACCAAACAGAACUCAUGUUGAUGACCGUGUGUUUCAAAAUUAUGUUGAAUAUUGUAGACCCAAUUCUGCUGACACUGUUUCUUGCGCCCCUAUUUCAGAGAAAGGAUCGAAUACCCUCCACACGCGUGCACCCACAGUUUCGGAUAAUGGAAAUUUUAAUCAUGAAGAAGAUGUAGAUAAUUUGUGGAAGCUGAUGAAGGAUGAGGCCAGGUCAGAUAUUGAUCAAGAACCCAUAUUGUCAAAUUAUUAUUUCAGUUCAAUUUUGUUGCAUGAUUCUAUGGAAAGUGCUUUGGCUAAUCAUCUGGCCAUGAAAUUGAGCAAUUCUAGCCUGCCCAGUGGAAGCCUUUAUGAUCUUUUCAUAGGUUUGCUCACAGAGAAUCAAGAUAUUAUGAGAGCUGUAAAAGAUGAUUUAAUGGCAGUUAAGGAGAGGGACCCUGCUUGUAUUAGUUAUGUGCACUGUUUCUUGAAUUUCAAAGGAUAUUUAGCUUGCCAGGCUCAUAGGGUAGCACAUAAGUUAUGGUUAAGAGGGAGGAAAAUCCUGGCUCUGCUAAUACAGAACAGGGUUUCUGAGGUGUUCGCGGUGGAUAUUCAUCCGGGGGCGAAAAUUGGUAGUGGGAUUUUAUUUGAUCAUGCUACUGGAGUUGUUAUUGGAGAAACAGCGGUAAUUGGGAAUAAUGUUUCAAUUUUGCAUAAUGUGACAUUGGGUGGCACUGGCAAGGUAUCUGGGGACCGGCACCCAAAAAUCGGAGAUGGGGUAUUGAUUGGGGCAGGUACUUGUGUUUUGGGCAAUGUUAGAAUUGAAGAUGGAGCUAAGAUUGGAGCAGGGUCUGUAGUGCUAAAGCAGGUGCCUGCUAGAACUACGGCUCUAGGGAACCCUGCUAGAUUGAUUGGAGGGAAGGAGAAUCCCAUUAAGCUAGAUAAAUUGCCUAGCUUGACCAUGGACCAUACAUCUCAUAUAUCUGAAUGGUCUGAUUAUGUUAUCUAG